AUGCACAUCAGACAUUUGAGAAAAGUUGCCUUCAAGAUCUUGGGCCUACAACUCGAAAAUGCUGAUUCAGAGAACUAUUUCAUUCGUAAAAUUCAAAAUCUUUGCGAAUCUGUUUUUAGCGACUGUUGCAUUGAAUUGGAAGAAACUGCAGAUAAAGUGGAAAGAGCAGCCUCAUCCACAAAUCACGCGCAGUAUCUCAUCCAAUCCAUCGAGAAUCGCUGUCCACUUCCUCAAGACAUUAAAAGAAAAUACCAAGAGGUUUGUUCGGUUUUUGAAAAAUCUACCAUCAAAACUUUCCUGAUUAUUGUUCCUUACCUCAUUCAAAACAUAAAAGUUAUCUUUGCUGAUGAAAGGAUAACAGACGUUCCCCAAAAUGGCCUAAGGGGACUGCCCAAGGAGACACUAGAUCAGUUUGUGUCUAGUGUUCGAAACGCAACAGGAAACAACGGAUUUUUCGAACUUUUGUGUGAUUCUUGCAACCUCCUCGAGAAACUAUGCUUGGAGAACUACGACAAAGAGCCGAACACAGAAAUUGAAAAAUGGGCCGAAAGUAUGGCAAUUUUGCCAAUGCUGAACUAUCUUCAGCCGUUUUUCCAGCACUGUUGUAAAGACGUUAGAUUGUAUAAGAGAUUGGACCUCUUUGUGCGUUGCCUAAGAAAAACCAUUGCCGAUCAUGACUGCAUUGAUGAACUUUACGUGCACGAUUUGUCAAACGUUUUAAUGAGUCUAAUUCAUUUUGCAAAGAUUGACCCUUCAAAAGUGGUGAGAUUUCAACUGAAUAGUUCUCCUGAUCUUCCUUUCUCCUGUCUCCGAGAGACGGUAAGGUACGACAGGCUGGAAAAGACAUACUCUCAGGUGUUUCGAAUCAAGAGAGAAACAGAAGAUGAGCUUCAGCUCCAUGCAACAGCUCGUGUAUACAUUGACGGAGGAAUUUGUGAGAAAGGAACAUUCCAGUCAACGAUGAUGCUGACGCCUUCGAGCGAGAAAGCUCUUAACGGAUAUGUCUCCCGUUUCCAUGAUGUUACAGUGACGAAGUUGGAAGACGAAGAUUUGGGAAAUCUUCGUGUUUUCUUUAGCACCACACGAAAGGAGAAACUCUUAGAGCUACUAGACGUCCUUCGAAAGGAGCUAAGAGAGAACGUUGUAGAUGAGAGCAGGCCGGAAGUCACAUGGUGCCCUCUUUCGAUGCGAAGUGUCGUAACGUUAAAGGCAGAUACAGUUCUAAAUCUCCGUCUAGUAUACAAAUGGGGAUCCGAGGGAGUUGAUCUUGACAGCAACGAUUUUGUGGCGUAUGCCAGAUCAUCCCACUUGCAAUGUGUGGGUGAGUUUUAAGUUUUCGUCAUAUUCCUUAUGAAUAGCUCGUUAUUUGUUAAGGUAGUUGGGCCUAGUUCACAAGGAACGACAUGUUCUAAUUUUGCGUCCAACUGGGUGGACGUUUUCACUCGCUCCGCGUUUAGGCUAUUAUUCGCGGCGGAGUUCAAAUGUUUCUCAAGUUUUGAAUGUAUCUAAAUUAAUCUUAGCCUGAAUUUCAGCCGACUCAUCACCCUCCCGAGAGAGACGUCCGAAUCAAAGAGCUGCCGUCCGGUUACGUCACUACCCUUUUUGCUUUAACUCAUGCAAAACGUAAAACAUUAUUUACAACCGGUAACAAGGAAAUAGAUAUUAUCAGGAUAAAUUCUAUAGGAUAUAGAAUCGUAUUACCCGUAACUCAUGUUAAAUGUUGCAACAGUCAACUGCAUGCAGUAUUCUGGAUGGCACCAUAAUAUAAACUUGUGGCUAAAUACGAGAUCCAAAUAUACACUUGAGCUUUUACUUCAAUUCGCUUUAAUUUAAAAGAAACGAUUUGGUUCUUAACGAAGGAUACAACCAAAGGAAGAAAAACUAAUAGGACAAAUAUACUUGACGGUGGAAAUGAUAAGAUGUUCCAAAGUUUGCUCGCUCGACACAAGUUUGUUUAUCUCACAAAAAUCGAUCUUUGAGGCUUACGAAUUAAAUCGUCCCCGAAACCACAAAAUGGCUCUGUAAACCUACCGUCAGUUUCGAAGACAAGAACGGGAAAGGUUCAUUUUCAUGUUUACAAUAAAGAUUGUCGAAAUUUUUAACUCAGCGCAGACAUACUAUCCGCUGAAUAUCAAAUGACAAUCCUGCUAAACUUUCGGCUCGAUGUUUCAGGCAUCUUUCUCGGGAUUGUGUGACUGGAGGUGACGACUGAAAUUCAGGCUAAAUGAUUUUUUUAACCUGUUAAAAACCUCGAGGAAAUCGCAGCAUUUUGCGCACAACGUCGACCCUGCAUAGUCUUCCGACUAUAAGGCACAAAAGCUGUGCAUUCAUUGGGAUCUUACUUUGAACUUCCUAGGUUCGAGCAAAGAACCGAUCCUGUUCGACGAGCAACUCGACAAUACAGGACGUAACCAGCUGGAAGAGGGAAGACCAGUACGAGAAAGCACUGUUAAUACAUCAUCAGGCGACAUGCAAAUAUAUAUUAGGAUGAUGGAUGAAAGAGAGAUCACGAUGGACGUGAACCGGAGCGAUCAUAUCAGGAAAGUAAAAAGGGAUAUCCACCGCUUAUACCAGUACCCGUCAGACUCACAACGUCUCGUAUUUGCUGGGAUGCGACUGGAAGACAAUUGUAGUCUGAGUGACUACAAUAUCCAGAAUAGAUCAACUCUGUAUUUAGUUCAAAGACUUCGA